AUGGAACCCAACCAAAAGACCCAAAUCGAUGUCUUUCCGGCGCAAAAUAGUCUUGCAGAUACAAUUGCAACGGGUCACAAGGCACGCCCUAAAGCUAAUAAGGCAGCAACGAACGAUGAAUCGCAUGUACAAUUAAAGCCGAAGAAGAAACAAGACCACGUCACAAACCUGGAUAUGACGCGGACCGUCGUUCGAUCGGGACAUAAGCACUUUUCGGUCCGCACGCCAGACAUCGAAUGGAACUCGCCCUGGAAGCAUUACAGAGCAGAAUUCGAAUUACACGAUCUCGGGGGUAGCGUGACGGUAGCGGUGAGACAACGAACGCUAGUCCAUAUCAGAAGACUGGCCGUGUCGGAAUCAGAAGACGCUCUAUCGAAGCUCAGAAGGCUCCGUCACCAGAACAUUGUCCAGUUCAUAUAUGCGUAUAUGACGAAAACUUACUUAUACGUAGUACUUGAGUGCACGACAAUCAGCCUGCAUCAGUUGGCUAAAUGCCCCAUAUAUCCUGAUGAAGCCCAGCUGGGUACGAUUGUUGGGCAGGCAAGGUCCGAGGAGCAUAGCGUCGUGAGCGGUCUCAGCUUUCUAGAAGCCCACGGUUUUGAGCACCCCUCGCUGGGAAGCUUCUGGCGGCUGCAGCAGUCAAAGAUUGAUAUUUUGGAGUCUAACGUCAGUAAUCAAGUAGCAAAUCAACAGCUUUGUCGGCCUUUUGAAAGCCACAAACAACAGCGUGUCAAGGCUCUCAGCCCCGUGGUUCAGCUUCUCAUGCAGAAGUAUUGCAAGGAGUCGCCAGGUGUCGACGACCUCGACCGCUGGCCUCCCGAUUCAGCCGGUUUUACAUUCUUAAUCGCAAUCGAGUGGGCAUCUUCAUUCAAUGAGUUGCAAAAUGUUGGUGUCCCCCGCCCGUUAAUGUUCGCUCUCUUCCGUGAUGAAUCUUCUUACUCACACCUUCAGCAUCCGCUUGCGAGACAUCACGACACCCAUUGUCUUGUUGUUCUGCUUAGUUUGGCACGCGUUUCGGUUUUCCCAAGAGAGUAUAGCUGCAAGACCUAG